AGAGCCGAGGAGGAGGCAGCAGCAGCAGCAGAGCAUCCAGUGCGGAGAGCGGGCGCAGCAGAGCAGUCUAGAGCCGUGUGCAGACCGGACCUGCGUGCCUAGCGGAUCCUGCAGCCGGAUAUUACUGGGGAGCUCACGGGGGUACGGAGAUCGGAGCGCCGUCUGUGGCAUCCCUGGGAGCAGACUCCCGGAGUUAGUCGGAGGACCGGACGAGGGGAUGAUUCCACGGUGGUUGUGUAUUUUGGCCCUUUUAAUAAGUGUCGAAGUAAAAGCAUGGAAUCAGAUGCCACGAAAAACUGUGCGGUAUUCAGGGUUCUCUGAAAACCGUCAAUCGUGGCGCAGUGGCAUCUCCCACUAUCUGACGCUGACGUUGGAUGAAAGUCGGGGUGCACUGUAUGUAGGCGCACGGGAGAUCAUAUUUUCGCUGGACCUUGAUAACAUCGGCAAGGAGCUGAGGCCACCGAUUAUAUGGGAAGCCCCCGGUGAACGGAAGCUGGAGUGUUUUAAUAAAGGAAAGAGCAAUCAGACGGAAUGUUUCAAUUAUAUCCGCAUCCUUCAGAAAUAUAAUGAAACUCAUCUCCUUACCUGCGGGACCUACGCCUUCCAGCCCAAGUGUGCUUAUAUAGAGCUGUCAACCUUCACUCUGGAUAGUGUUAACAUAGAAGAUGGGAAGGGAAAAUGUCCGUAUGAUCCAUCUACAGGCCAUACCGGGCUUGUCGCCGAUGGGGUUUUGUACACCGCUACACUGUUCAACUUCCUGGGCACAGAGCCGGUGAUCCAGCGCAGUAUGGGGCAGCAUAAUAGCAUCAAGACGGAGUAUCUGGCGACAUGGCUGAAUGAGGCCAAGUUUGUGGGCUCCGCUCAUAUGCCGGAGAGCAUGGAUAGCAAGGUGGGCGAUGAUGACAAGAUCUAUUUCUUCUUCACUGAACGUGCCCUGGAAUAUGACUGCUAUAGUGAGCAGGUGGUGUCUCGGGUGGCCCGCGUCUGUAAGGGAGAUUUAGGAGGAGCUCGUACCUUACAGAGGAAGUGGACCAGUUUCUUGAAGGCCCGGCUUGUGUGCUCCAUUCCAGAACUUCAACUUCACUUUAACCUCUUGCAGUCUGUCUUUACCCUGCGUACCGACCAGUGGAGGGCUACGCAGUUCUAUGCCGUCUUCCAGGCGCGCUGGGGUGAUGUAUCAGUUUCUGCAGUUUGCCAGUAUGCCAUCCAAGACAUUCACAAGGCCUUUGAUGGACCUUACAAGGAAUACCGCGAGCAAGCCCAGAAAUGGGGUCGUUACUCUGACACGGUGCCCAGUCCACGGCCUGGAUCGUGUAUCACAAAUUUCCACCGGCAUCAUGGAAUGAACAGCUCGAUGGACCUUCCUGAUAACACGCUCAACUUCGCCAAGAAGCACCCCCUUAUGGAUGAAUCUGUUCAGCCUGUUCAAGGGCGCCCUCUGCUGGUGCGAAAAGGAGUCAACUUUACAACUCUUGCCGUGCACACAACUACGGGGCUGAACGGGGAGUUAUAUGAUACGCUCUUCAUUGGAACAGGAAAUGGAUGGCUGAACAAAGCUGUACGUUUGGGUUCCUCUAUCCAUUUAAUUGAGGAACUUCAAAUGUUUGAUAAGCCUUAUCCCGUCCACAGCUUGGUCCUGUCUACUGAGAGGUCUCUUCUCUUUGCCGGCUCUCCAUCCGGACUGGUACGUCUUCCCAUGGCAGAUUGCAGUAAAUAUCGCUCCUGUGCCGACUGCAUUCUAGCUCGAGAUCCCUUCUGUGCCUGGAAUCUGAGCUCCAGCCGCUGUGUAGGAUCUGAUACACAAGAUGGGGAUGCGCUGCUGCAGGACAUUGAAAAUUUCGAUACGUCCAUGUGUGAAGUUCAGUAUAUGAAGUUAUCAAAGCCCUCAUUAAGAAAUCUUACCGUAGCCAUUGGGACAAAUGUCGUUCUCCCUUGUGAGCUGACCUCCAACCUAGCCCAACCCAUAUGGAAGUUCAAUGGUCAGGAUUUGAGACAGGAUGAAAAUGACUCCGUGCUAUAUGAUAUUACCCUUCAGGCUCUGGUUAUUCUGGGAGUUAAUGCUCACCACUCUGGUACAUACAGUUGCUUUUCGGUUGAACAGGGGGCCCACUUUCUCUCAAAAAAUUACAAGUUGAGUGUGGUGGCUUCCCCAUCUCUGACUUUGGAAUCCUCUGCCCCCAUGGACGGUCUGGGUUUGGUGUGGAUGAUGGUUAUAGCUCUUGGGGCUGUGUGCUUGGCCCUUUUCCUGGCUGUAGUCUAUCUGCGAAGAAAGCUACAAGAUGAGAUGGACAAAGGUUCUAAGACCCUGGAGAAUACUCUUGUGUAUCCCAUCCAGUUACCUUCACAACCCAAAAUCGCAAAGUGCCUGCCUAGUGCGGACUCGGAUGAGAAACUGUGGGACCCUUCCUCCUACUACUAUUCUGAUGGAUCUCUCAAGAUAGUUCCAGGUCAUGCACUGUGCCAGAACAGCACAGGUUCAUCCUCUCCAUCUGGCAAUGGCAUCCCAGGUCAAGCCCUACCUUCCCCACCUCUUCAUUCGCCUAAUCACAUGCUGCUGUCAGGCGUUAGGGGUUCCAACAGCAAUGGAUAUAUACGUCUUACGCUAGGUGGUGGUUUAAGUGAGGAUCGGCCACCACUUGGGGACCUAAAUGAAGAACUGAGGUGGAAACUGAAGCAGAGGCAAGCUUUGCCGGACUCCAAUCCAGAGGAAUCGUCUGUCUGACCACCCCUGUUGCCACCUGCACAGUUUGCACUGUUUUAUUUUUUAUUUUUUCCUGACUUUUUUUUAUUUUUAUUUGGAACUACCUCAGGGACUGGAGAUUUUGGGGGGAAGGAUGUGGCCAAAAUGUAAUUUCCCUCUCCCCAGUGGUCUCCACUGCAGAUGUAUGGAAGCGAGGAGAAGACCUUUUGCGGUUCUUUGUCCAGAUGUGCUAGCUCACAUUUCCCCACCACCAUUCCUGUGACUUGUAUGACUUCAGUAUUUGUAGAUUUGAUGCAUUCAUGAGUGACGUUGGAUCCAGAGAGUAACUGAGGAACCAGUCACCUCCCAUUCCAGGAACUCUUGGCCAGAAGAGCAAUAACAGAAGACUCUGCAACCUGUUCACUCUUCCUCACGGUGCAGGGAUCAGUCGCUAACCACUUUGUUGCCGAUCUUGCAGGUUUAAUGGCGUAUGGCAAUAAAAUCACUACUGUUUUCUAUAGCAUUUUUACACUAAAAGUUUACAGCGCUUUGUAAGUGACCUCCAAGCCUUGUAGAGUCCAAAUAGAGGAAAACCGCCUCUAGCUGGCCAGCUGUUGUGCCACUACCGGUAGCAAGCAUCCACUCACUUCCUGGUGUUACUUGCUGACUCUUGUAGUUCCACAGGAUAUCGCUGGCUUUGUUUUGGCCAAGCCUGUAUUGGAGAAAGGAGUGCGUCCGUAUGGGGAAUCUAAAGAAAGUAGACUUCCACAUAUCCAACUUUUUACUCGAUAUCAGCAGCAUUGUAUAAAUACAUAUUAGGUCCCCUUCAAAAAUUGCCCUCCCUUCCCAUGCAAAAUGGGUCACAUGCAAAAUGACUGCUUCGAUCACGUAAUCGUGAUGCAGCCCACCCUGGUUGCUGAGUGUUCGUGUAAAUGACUUGUUUUUAGAUGCAUGAAAAUGAAUGUGAGGGUGUAUUAACACUUAGAGCAUUGUUCUUCUGGAAGCUGGACAAUCCUUCUAGAAAACAUGUUCUGUUUUUUGGCCAUGACUCUAUGUCCAUGCCGUUCCAUAGCCCCCAGCCCUUCAAUCAUUCCGCUGUGAGUUACAAACGAGAACAUUUCAGAAAUCCAUAGACAAGGCCAGGACUUGUGUGGGUAAAAAAAAAAAAAAAUAUUUCCACUGCCAAAUAUAAUUUUUUUUUUUUUUUCUUGUAUUUUAUUUUUUUUAUUUUUUUUUCAAUUGUCACGUGUCUGCGAGUGGCCGGAGGGAGGGAUGAGAGAGUUGUGCUGUAUAUACAUAUUCACUGUUUUUAAAACCAAACCUCCAUGGGGUCUGCACGCUAAAAAUAUCUUUUUUUCCAUCCUCUUGUGUAAAUAGGGUCCUGCGUUCUCACGCUCUCUCGUUCCCUGGUCCCUGCUCAUUCUGUAGUUCACCGUGUAAUUUAUUUGUCUGUUUGAAAUAUAUUUAUUUCCUGUAAAUAAGUAUUUUUAUAUUGAGAAAAUAAAAAUGGAAUUUAAACCUGAA